UACCGCAGUGCAUUCUGGGACAAAGAAGCAGCCAUUGCUGAGGAAAGUCCUUGGACGUGAGAUGAAUUUUCUUGGCCAUUUUUUUCUCGUAAUACUUUGAAAAAAUACUCUUCGUGAAUUUUUUUAAUCAAAAAACUUACACCGAGGGGUCGUGUGAGUGCGGGAGUAAGAAAAAAACAUGGGAGCGGAUAAAAGGAUAAGCCGGACCGAGCGUAGUGGCAGAUAUGGUUCUGACCAAUCCCGUGAUGAAUCCGAGUGGCGUGACCGUCGAGAGAGGGACCCAGAGCGUGAUCACAACAUGCGCCGCUGGGGAGACGAACGGCGAAAUGAUCGAUAUGAAGGUGAUCGUCGAGGAUCCAGAGACAGUCCAGAGCCGAGAGAGAGGAAACGACGCAAUAGCGACAGAUCAGAAGAUGGUUAUCAAUCGGAUGGUGACUACCCAGACCAGGAUUACAGAAGGGAGCCUGGAGAGGAGAAGAAAAGCAAGACCAUCAUGCUCUGGGGCCUGGCGCCUCAUAUCACUGAGGAUGAUAUUUGUUUUGCCAUAGACCAGCUGGAGGGACCCCAGCCAGUAGAUGUCAGACUGAUGAAAAAGAAAACAGGUAUAAGCCGUGGUUUCGCCUUCGUGGACUUUUAUCACUUGCAAGAUGCUACCCGAUGGAUGGAGACCAAUCAGAAACGUCUGACCAUCCAAGGCAAAAGUGUGGACAUGCACUACAGUCACCCCCGAAACAAGUUUGAGGACUGGCUCUGCAACACUUGUGGCCUGUACAAUUUCCGGAGGAGGCUGAAGUGCUUCAGGUGUGGAGCAGCCAAAGCCGAAAGCGAAACGAACAACAAUGCCGGAGUUUCUGAAACUCAACCGACUGGAGACUUCUAUGGCGACACGAUCAUACUGAGAAAUAUUGCUCCCAUGACAACGGUGGAAGCCAUCAUGACGGCGCUGGCACCAUAUGCUAAUCUCGCAGCGAACAACAUUCGCCUCAUCAAGGACAAGCAGACCGGCCAGAACAGAGGCUUUGCCUUCGUGCAGCUGUCCUCUCCUCUGGAGGCCUCCCAGCUGCUCACCAUUCUGCAGGGGCUGCAGCCUCCCCUCAGACUAGAUGGAAAAACAAUCGGGGUGGAUUAUGCAAAGAGUGCAAGAAAGGAUCUGUUGCUGCCCGAUGGAAAUCGUGUCAGUGCCUUUUCUGUGGCAAGCACAGCGAUCGCCGCAGCCCAGUGGUCCUCCAGCCAGCCUCAGAGCUCAGAUGGAAUGUCGGAGUACAGCUACCUGCAGGAGGGCUACGCUCCUCUCUCACAGGAUUAUCAGCCGUUCUAUCAGCAAGGAGCAGGACCCAGCACCUCUCAGGGAAAUGGGAUUCUUGGAGCUGCCCCGGGUGUGAAGAUAGUUCCGGCUGCGGUUGGAGUUGUGAUCUCCCAGCAUCCACAAGUCUAUCAGCCCCACAUCAUUGCACAGCCUGCUGUACAGGCACUGCCACUCGCCCAACAGCUGGAGGCAAAACCCCAGCCUGGACCUCUCUCUGGUAUUGAAGCUGCAGCUCUGCCUCCUGCCACUGUAGCCUCUGCUACUCUUACUGCUCCCAGCACCUCCACAGCCCCCGGACAGACCUCGGACUCCGGCGCAACUGGCCCUGAUAUUUCUACCUAUCAGUACGAUGAGUCGUCAGGAUACUAUUAUGAUCCCCAAACCGGCCUCUACUACGACCCAAGCACACACUAUUACUACAACUCUCAGACGCAGCAGUACCUGUACUGGGACAGUGAGAAGCAGACAUACGUUCCCGCUCCAGCCUCAGCCACUGCUGGACAGAAUGAAAACACAGCAACGGGCUCCGCAGCGCCCGGCAGCAAAGAGGCAAAAGAAGGCAAAGAGAAAAAAGACAAGCCCAAAAGCAAAACUGCCCAGCAGAUUGCUAAGGACAUGGAACGAUGGGCCAAAAGUCUCAACAAGCAGAAGGAAAACUUCAAGAGUAGCUUUCAGCCAAUUAGCCAAGAAGAGAGGAAGGAGGCAGCAGCUGCGGAUGCUGGAUACACACUGUUUGAAAAGAAGCAGGCAGGUCUAGACAGACUAAUGCCAGAGAUGCUCAGGGGGCCUGAGGAGGAAGCACCAGCCGCCUCCGUCAGCACCUCAAAGUGUGCCCUGGUGGCCGCCUACAGUGGAGACAGCGACCCUGAAGAAGCGGCAGCGGAGCUGGAGUCUGGUGACGGAAUCCAGGACAAGCUGACCGACUGGAAAAAGUUAGCGUGCCUGCUGUGCAGGAGGCAGUUUCCCAAUAAAGAAAGUCUAAUUAGACAUCAGCAGCUUUCUGACCUUCACAAGAAAAACCUGGAAGUUCUCCGCAGAAGCAAAAUGACUGAAGCAGAGCUGGAGGAGCUGGAGAGGAAAGAGACGGAGAUGAAAUACAGGGACAGAGCAGCAGAGAGGAGGGAAAAAUACGGAAUCCCAGAACCCCCAGCACCAAAAAAGAAGAAAUUUAACCAACCAGCACAAGUCAUAAACUACGAACAGCCCACUAAAGACGGACUGAACAGCGACAACAUUGGGAACAAGAUGCUGCAGGCCAUGGGCUGGAAGGAGGGGAAAGGUCUGGGUCGUAACCAGCAGGGCAUCACCACGCCCAUCGAGGCACAGCUGAGGACUAAAGGAGCUGGACUGGGCACUAAAGGAACCAACUACACCCUCUCUGCCUCAGACACGUACAAAGACGCUGUCCGCAAAGCCAUGUUCGCACGCUUCACCGAGCUGGAAUGAGUCCAUGGAGCCGAGACGGAGGACGUCCAGACGGCGCUCCACUCAAAACGCUACAAGACUAAUUAUUCCUUGGUGUAUAGUCGCUGAUGAUUACCUCUUGCCCUCAACCAGACAACCAUUCAGCGGAGCUCAUAUAAUUUAUAAAAUGUACAUAUGCACAGUGAAAUUACUUUCUUGGUUUACACAUUUUCUUUUGUAUUCAGUGCUAAUUUUUGUUUAGUUUUCGUUUUUAUGUCUGGCAUGUGAAGUUUGUACAGUUUAUACAAAGUCUUGUCUAUUUGUACAGAAAAUAAAUGACAUCAGACAUGG